ACUUAAUCCAACCUCUCGUUGGUUCCACUGAGUUUUUGUUAUGAAAAUAAAGCUAAUUUGUUUAGCCCCGAUCCAGAAAAAUCUAUGGGCCUAGUGCAGCAUGAGGGUGGCCCCUGUGGCGUCGUAGCAACCAUACAA